UUCGACCCAUCAAGCUUCACUGCAGGUUUGCAAGAAAACCGAGAGUUGCCAUCCAUCGCGGCGGCCUCAUCAAGGCAUUGACGUAGGACCGCAUUACCAAGUCGCGCGAGUAUGAUGCUGCCAUAGAAAUCCUCGUCCUUCUUUUCCACAAAAAAAAGAAGAAAAAAACCCAUACGCGAUCAUGCCACCGCAUCCCCUCCACCCACGGUCGCGUAUGACGUCUACCCUCUUUGCUACAACAGUCGUUGCAAGCUUUUUCGUUGUUGGCAUGCCGCAUCUUUUACCAUGUCCAGCACCUCGUGUCACGUACGCCGAUGGAGAAAUCGUAGUAGGCGAGGAUGGUCGCCGGAGGAGGCGAAAACGUCGCGAGACAACCCCUGAGAUCGAGAACGGCAUAGUCAACUUCAGCCAAGCCGGCGACGAGGAUACCAUACGAACCCGGGAAGAGCGAUUGAAGAGGGAGUGCCCAGUGCCGAGGCCGGGCGGCAUCCUUGGAGAGUGGUUAGGAUUCCAUGGACCGAGUAAAGAUGCAGAGGCCACAAAAGCGGAAAGGUGACGACAGCAGAUGAACAUAUGUACAACUCAAGAUACCAUUCAAGCCCCACGACGCAGUUUUCGACUUUCUGCAACCCGUGAUGGCUCGAAACGACUUUUACGACGAAGUUGCCACUCACGAUGCCCAGCUAACGCCGCUCGGCUAGCUUUGAGGUUGUGGGAAUGAGGCCGAAGUUGUGUGGCUAUGACUUUCCAGGAUGGGAGCAGCAGGGAGCUUGAAUGGGAAACGGUUUACAUGAUGACUCGGCCAGCGUUGUCUGCAAGACAUUCCUCGCAAUUGUCCUGAACGGUCCCGGACCUGAGGCUCUCUGUUACAGACCUGCAGCCUUGCGAAAGAGCUCUAUGUCUUGCCAUUCGAAUGAUGCGAGUGCACGGCCGAAGUCGCAGAUGGCUGUAUUUAGCCAAGGCAACCGGUCAAUCGCGCCGAACCAAUUGGAAUGGAGUGGUUUCCAAGUCAAGCUUGCCAUCAAUCU